GGUUGGGCGCACCCGAAAGUCUGGGUGCCACCUGCGCCCGAGGACGCGGUAGGGCCGGUCGGGAUGAGGACGCGCUGGGCCACCGCUCGCUGCGCGGCGGAGCUCCUCGUGCUGCUCCUUCAGUGCUUCGAGCUGGCGGAGCCCUUUGGCCGCGCAGGGAAUGAUCCAUUCACCAUCGUCAAUGAAAACACGGGCCAGUGUAUCAAGCCACUAAAUGACUGGAUAGUAGUCAAGGAGUGUGACAAAACCGAGGACAUGUUGUGGAAGUGGGUGUCCCAGCAUCGGCUCUUUCACUUGCAAUCCCAGAAGUGCCUUGGCCUCGAUAUUACCAAACCCACGGACUCCUUGAGGAUGUUCAGCUGUGACGCCAGAGCCAUGCUGUGGUGGAAAUGCGAGCACCACUCUCUGUAUGGAGCGGCCCAGUCCAGGUUGGCUCUGAAGGGUGCAAUCGCCAUCGCAAGCACAAAUUCAUCUGACGGCUGGAAGAAAGGAGGCUCGGGGGAAAACCUCUGUGCCCAGCCUUACCAGGAGAUAUAUACCAUAGAUGGAAAUGCCUAUGGAAGACCUUGUGAAUUUCCAUUCUUAGUUGCUGAGACCUGGCAUCAUGAGUGCAUCCAUGAUGAAGAGCACAGUGGGCCAUGGUGUGCAACCACCUUAAAUUAUGAAUAUGAUCAAGAGUGGGGUAUCUGCUUAAACCCAGAAAAUGGCUGUGAAGGUAAUUGGGAAAAGAAUGAGCAGAUGGGGAGUUGCUACCAAUUUAAUACUCAGGCAGCUCUUUCUUGGAAAGAAGCUUAUAUUUCAUGUCAGAAUCAAGGAGCUGACUUACUGAGCAUCAACAGUGAUGCCGAAUUAACUUAUCUUAAAGAAAAAGAAGGCAUUGCAAGCAUCUUCUGGAUUGGCUUAAAUCAGCUGUACUCUUCUAGAGGCUGGGAAUGGUCAGACCACAAGCCAUUAAAUUUUCUCAACUGGGACCCAGAUACCUUCAGUGCAACUGUGAUAGGUGGGUCAAGCUGUGCGAGCAUGGACGCCAUGUCCGGUCUGUGGCAGAGGUUUUCCUGUGAAGCUCAGCUGCCUUACGUUUGCAAGAAAUCAUUGAACAGCACAGUGGAGAUAACAGAUAUUUGGCCAUAUUCAGAUACCCGCUGUGAUGCAGACUGGCUGCCAAAUAAUGGAUUUUGCUAUCUGCUGGUGAAUGAAAGUGAUUCCUGGGAUUCGGCACAUGCGAAAUGCAAAGACUUCAGUAGUGACCUUAUCAGCAUUCAUUCUUUAGCAGACGUGGAAUUGGUAGUAACAAAACUCCAUAAUGGGGAUGCCAAAGAAGAAACAUGGACAGGUCUUAAGAACAUAAAUACACCAGCUUUAUUUCAGUGGUCAGAUGGUACUGAAGUUACUCUAACAUAUUGGGAUGAAAAUGAACCAAGUGUUCCCUACAAUAAGACUCCUAACUGUGUGUCCUACUUAGGAAAGCUAGGUCAGUGGAAAGUCCAGUCAUGUGAAGAGAAACUUAAAUAUGUAUGUAAGAAAAAGGGAGAAAAAAUGAGUGAUGCAAGAACUGAUAAGAUGUGUCCUCCAGAUGAGGGCUGGAAGAGACAUGGAGAAACCUGUUACAAGAUUUACAAGGAUGAGGUCCCUUUUGGAACCAACUGCAAUCUGACUAUAGCUAACAGAUUUGAGCAAGAAUUCCUGAAUGAUAUGAUUAAGAAGUAUACUAAAUCUCCAGAAAAAUACUUCUGGACUGGCCUGAGAGAUGUAGAUUCAAGUGGAGAGUAUAGCUGGGCAAGUGUUGGUGGAGUGAAGCGAUCUGUAACCUUUUCCAACUGGAAUUUUCUUGAGCCAGCUUCUCCAGGCGGGUGCGUGGCUAUGACCACUGGAAAGUCCGUUGGGAAGUGGGAGGUAAAAGACUGCAAAAGCUUCAGAGCACUUUCAAUCUGCAAGAAAAGCAGUGCGCCUGCUGAGCCUGAAGAAGCAGCCCCCAAGCCUGAAGACCCCUGUCCCGAAGGCUGGCAAAAUUUUCCCCCAAGUCUUUCUUGUUAUAAGCUGUUUCAUAUAGAAAGAAUUGUAAGAAAGAGGAACUGGGAAGAAGCUGAGAGAUUCUGCCAGGCACUUGGAGGACACCUUCCUAGCUUCCAUCAUGUGGAUGAAAUAAAGGAAUUUCUUCACUAUUUAAUGGACCAGUUCAGUGGCGAGCGAUGGCUGUGGAUAGGUUUGAAUAAAAGGAGCCCUGAUUUACAAGGAUCUUGGCAAUGGAGUGAUCGUACACCAGUGUCUACUUUUAUCAUGGAAAAUGAGUUCCAGCAGGAUUAUGAUGUCAGAGACUGUGCUGCUGUCAAGGUCAUGCAGAGGCUAUGGCGAAGAGGCUGGCAUUUCCAUAAUGACAGAGAAUAUAUUUAUUUAAGGCCUUUCGCUUGUGAUACAAAACUGGAAUGGGUGUGCCAGAUUCCAAAAGGUCGGACUCCAAAAACACCAGACUGGUACAAUCCAGAGCGUGCUGGAAUUCAUGGACCACCAGUUAUAAUAGAAGGGAGUGAAUAUUGGUUUGUCCCUGAACCUCGCUUAAACUAUGAAGAAGCUGUCCUGUACUGCGCCAGCAAUCAUAGCUCCCUGGCUACUAUAACAUCUUUUGCAGGACUAAAAGCCAUCAAAAACAAAAUAGCAAAUAUAUCUAGUGAUGAGCAGAAGUGGUGGAUGAGAACCUCUGAGCAGCCAAUAAUAGAUCGUCAUUUUAUAUACUCAAGACAUCCAUGGCAUCACUUUCCUAUAACAUUUGGACAGGAAUGUCUAUACAUGUCUGCCAGGACUUGGCUUAGCGACUUAAAUAAACCAGCAGACUGUAAUACCAAGUUGCCCUUCAUCUGUGAAAAAUAUAAUGUAUCUUCAUUGGAGAAAUAUAGUCCAGAUUCGGCAGCUAAAAUACAAUGCUCUGGGAAAUGGAUUUCUUUUCUGAAUAAGUGUUUUCUAAAGCUUCAACCCAAGUCUCUCACGUUUUCUGAAGCAAGCAAUACUUGUCACACCUACGGAGGCACCCUUCCUACAGUGUUGAACCAAAGAGAACAAGAUUUUAUUACAUCGUUGCUUCCGGAUAUGGAAGAUGCUCUGUGGAUUGGUUUGCGCUGGACGGCCUUUGAAAGAAUAACUAAAUGGAUAGAUAACAGAGAGCUGACGUACAGCAACUUUCACCCAUUCUUGGUGGGUCGGAGGCUAGCAAUACCAACAAACGUUUUUGAUGAAGAGUCCCGCUACCACUGCGCCCUGAUGCUCAACCACCGAAAGUCACCUUUAACUGGAACGUGGAAUUUCACAUCCUGCAGUGAACACCACACUCUGUCUCUCUGUCAGAAAUACUCAGACGUUGAAGGCAGUCAGACCUUGCAGAAUACUUCAGAGACUGUAAAGUACCUAGAUAAUCUGUACAAAAUAAUCCUGAAGACGCUGACGUGGCCCGAGGCUCUGUGGGAAUGCCAGAAACACGGCAUGCGCCUGGUGAGCAUCUCAGACCCGUACCAGCAGGCGUUCCUAACCGUGCAGGCGGUCCAGCAUAACGCCUCCUUGUGGAUUGGACUCUCCAGCGAAGACGAUGAACUCAACUACAUUUGGUCAGAUGGGAAACAUCUUCAGUUUAGUCGCUGGGCUGAAAACAAUGAGCAGCUGGAGGACUGUGUGUUUUUAGAUACUGAUGGAUUCUGGAAAACAUCCGAAUGCGAUGACCACCAGCCUGGUGCUAUUUGCUACUAUCCAGGAAAUGAGACUAAGAAAGAGGUCAAGCCAAUUAAUAGUGUUCGUUGUCCAUCUCCUGUUUUAAAUACUCCAUGGAUACCAUAUCAGAACUAUUGCUACAAUUUCAUGAUAGCAAAGAACAGAUACACAGCAGUAACAAAAGAUGAUAUUCAUUCUAGAUGCCAACAACUGAAUCCAAAAUCGCAUAUUCUGAGUAUUCGAGAUGAAAAAGAGAAUAACUUUGUUCUUGAGCAACUUCUGCACUUUAAUUAUAUGGCGUCAUGGGUCAUGUUAGGUAUAAUUUACGAAAAUAAUUCUCUUAUGUGGUCUGAUAAGACCAUGCUGUCCUAUACGCACUGGAGAGGGAGAAGACCAGCUAUAAAAAACAGCCGGCUUUUUGCUGGCUUGAGUACUGAUGGCUUCUGGGAUAUUCAUACCUUUGAUGCUAUUGAAGAAAUACAUUACUUUCAUCAGCACAGCAUUCUUGCUUGCAAAAUUGAAAUGGUUGACUACAAGGAAGCAUAUAAUACUACUCUGCCACAGUUUAUUCCAUAUGAAGAUGGCAUUUACAGUGUCAUUCAAAAAACAUUGACAUGGUACGAAGCAGUAAACAUGUGCUCUCAGAGUGGAGGUAAUUUGGCUAGUGUUCAUGACUCACGUGGCCAGCUCUUCCUGGAAGAUAUCGCAAAGCGGGAUGGAUUUCCACUGUGGGUUGGGCUCUCUAGUCAUGAUGGCACGGAAUCAAAUUUUGAGUGGUCUGAUGGCAGUGCGGUUGACUACAUCCUAUGGAAAGAUAAGCAGUCUGCUGGGAAUUGUGUUCUCUUGGAUCCAAAAGGAAUUUGGAAACAUGAAAACUGCAGCUCUAAGGGAGAUGGUGCUAUUUGCUAUAAAUCUACAAAAUCUCAAGAGGUAUCUUCUCCUACAUAUUCAUCGAGAUGCCCAGCAGUAAAAGGGAAUGGAUCCCAGUGGAUCCAGUACAGGGACCACUGUUAUGCAUCUGACCAGGCGUUACACAAUUUCUCAGAAGCCAAACAGUUUUGUUCAAAACUUGAUCAUUCUGCAACUCUUGUUACCAUAGAGGAUGAAGAUGAGAAUAAAUUCGUGAGCAGACUGAUAAGGGAAAAUAAUAACAUUACCAUGAGAGUUUGGCUUGGAUUAUCUCAGCAUCCUUCCGAUAAAUCUUGGAAUUGGUUAGAUGAAUCAAAAGUGAAAUUUGUCAAAUGGGCAAAUAAACAUAAGAGCAGUGGUGGAAAAUGUAGCAUUUUGUUAGCUUCAAAUGAAACUUGGAUAAAAGUUGACUGUUCACAUGGCUAUGGAAGAGUUGUCUGCAAAGUUCCUCUGGACUGUCCUUCAUCCAACUGGGUUCAGUUCCAAGACAGUUGUUACAUUUUUCUUCAAGAAACCAUCAAAGUAGAAAGCAUAGAGGAUGUCAGAAAUCAGUGUACUGACCAUGGAGCAGACAUGAUAAGCAUACACAAUGAAGAAGAAAAUGCUUUUAUACUGGAUACUUUGAAAAAGCAAUGGAAAGGCCCGGAUGAUAUCCUACUAGGCAUGUUUUUUGACACUGAUGAUCAGAGUUUCAAGUGGUUUGAUAAGUCAAAUAUGACUUUUCGUAAGUGGACAGACCAAGAUGAGGAGGAGGAGGAUCUGGUUGACACCUGUGCCUUUUUGCACACCACGACCGGAGAAUGGAAAAAAGGAAAUUGUGAAGUUUCUUCUGUGCCAGGAGCCCUUUGUAAAGCAGCUAUUCCAUAUGAAAAGAAAUAUUUAUCAGAUAACCACAUUUUAAUAUCAGCUUUGGUGAUUGCUAGCACAGUAAUUUUGACAGUUUUGGGAGCAAUCGUUUGGUUCCUGUACAAAAGAAAUUUGCAUUCUGGUUUCACCACCGUUUUUUCAGUUGCACCCCAAUCACCUUAUAACGAUGACUGUGUUUUGGUAGUUGCAGAAGAAAAUGAACACGCUGUUCAAUUUGACUGAAACUUUGAAAAUCUUGGAUUAAGACAUCAAACACACUGGCAGUGAUUCAUGUGUAAGACUUUUAUAUAAAACUUCACAAUGAGUUUUUAUGGUAUAUAUCCUUAUUUCAGUAACAUCCCUCAUCGCAUUUGAAAAAGGAAUGAUCUUAAGAUAUGUUAGUGGUUAUAACCACCUCCCCAAAUGUUACUUUUUACUUGCAGGAAAGCUUAAAGCACAGCAGAAAAAAACAAAAAACACCCCAAACCCACUCUAUUUGUAUUACCUGCUAUAUCUUCCUUCCCUCCUCCCAUUUACUUGAACCACCUUAUAGUUGGGGAAAAAAUUCUACCUACCACUAGUUUUAGCAAUUGCUACAUCUUGCUCUUAUUAAUAAACAUGCAUAGGGAAUAAACCUAACUUUAUACUAUAUAUAUAUUGAUAAUCAUGAGUACAUGCUGGUUACUAUAGCAGAUAAUUUGUCUUCAUCUUCAAAAUUUAGAUUUUGAAGAUGUAGAAUUUUGCAAGAGCUGCCAUUAGGUAGAAUUUAGAUGUAGGAAAUGUUAAGGAUGUUAACUUUUUAUUUCAUAUAAGUUGUGUAAUUUUACAAUUUCAUUACUUUUUGGACAACACACAGUAUUUAGCACUGAUCACCAAUGGUUAGAAUUUUAAUAAAAUUUUUUGAAACAAAAAAACUAUAGCCAUACCAGGAAGGUGAUGGGAGGCAGGUAGUAAGGAUAACACUUGAAAUAUAAUGCCUUUACUUUUCCCCUACCACCAGACGUACUCCCAUAUAAGGUUAUCUUAUACUCCUCCAGCACUGACCUUUAUAUUUCAAUGACAUAAGCAAAAAAUGCAGAAAAACACUGUACUAUAUGGUAGUGAUGAUGCUUAAAAGUUCUCAGCCCCUUUCAUGGGCAAUUUAAGGUUGAAAAAUAAUCAUUUUGGGGGUAAAAAAUGAAAAUGGAAAAAAGCUGAAAGUUAUUUUCUUUAGUUUUUUUUAUAGCUUAAAAACUAUUAGAAAACAUAAAGAACAUACAGAGUUCAUAUACAAUUAUAUUUACUCCAUUUAGAAACACAAAGCUCAGUUAAAUCCUCUCUCAAUAACCCACAGUUCACACUAUCAAGUUUGACCAAAGGCAACAGUCCCAGCUUGUGUCAUGUUUCCCUUCUCACAAUUAAUGGCACUUUUGUUAAGGAGAUAGUAACAAUAAAGGCUAUGUGGUAUUAGAGAAAAUGUUACAGAAGCUGUAUUAUACAAUUAUGCCCUGUAAGAGCUUUAAUUUUUUAUUUUAUCUUAUGUGGUGAUUUAGAAGGUUAUUGUUGAUAAGCUAGUAAGUGGUACUAAAGAUAGUGAACAUUAGACUGGAAUUCCUUCUUGCUUUUCUACUCAGAUUCUAGGAGUUUGAGAACUAAGGAUGAUCCCGAUCUCUUAAUACUUUCUCCUAUUGUCACAAAUCUCUACAAUGGCCAAUAUGGUAGUUAACUUGCAGCACCCACAAAAUGUGUGGCUUUUAAAUUAAAAAUAACUUAGUUCCUCAAUUACACUAGCAACAUUUCAAGUGCUCAGCUCACAUGCAAUUUAAAAUAUUUCCACUUUCACUGGUUAAAUGCUGCUCUAGAAUCUCCCCUCUCCUUCCACUCAAUUCUCAUACAAUGUACAACUGAUUUCUUCUGUUUGUUUUGAUAACUUCUACUUAAUGGCAACUCUUGCAAAAUGGCUGUUUUAAACUGAUACCCCUGUGUUUAUUUUUCAAACAAGUUAUUAGAGGACCCUGGUAAUGAAAUGUUAAAUCUUAAUUUUCUUUAUGUAUCAGAACAUCUGUAAACAGGCCCUUAUUUCUAUUUAAAGGUCAACAGAUUAACUGGAACAUUCAAAUCUGUAUUUUUAUUAACAAAUAAUAUGCAUGUUUAUUUAUACUCAGAAUGUUUAAAUUGCUUUCUUUAAGACCAUGGUCUAGUUAAUUUGGCAGAUAUCUAGAAAGAAUAACAUUACAUUUUCCUAGGAAUUUGCAAUCUUUGUAGUGAAUAGUGUAUGGUGCCCUAUUUUUGUUCAGAGUUUGUGAUAACCAAUGGAAAUAUUUUUCUUAUUCCCUCUAAUUCCCAUUUACAGGAUAUCAGAAGCAAAUAUUAAAUAUGUAGUGCUAAGAACUACAAGAAUACUAUAAAGCUCAAGCCACUGUCACUUAGUAUUUAAAAAAACUAUAAAAUUGUACACCAAUGGAAUUUUUACCAUUCAAUUUUUCAAAUAAAAAAUAUUGUGGGUUAAA